AUGCAUCCCCGCCUCGCAAAGGAGACCCUGUGCUUCAACCUCCAGAAGGGGUACUGCCUCGGGUUCAUCGAGGAGCUGCCGUCCAUGGGCGCGAUCUUCGACGGGCUGGAGGCCUUCCUGGACCAGGAAAGCGCCGGCUCCGCGUACCAGCGCGCCCUUCGGCCGCUGCUCGGCGUCGGCGAGGGCGCGCCCAGCAAGUUCGAGAUCCUCGCGCCCGGGCCCACCCUGAAGACGGAGGGAUCAGGCAGGCCAUCGAUGGGCUCUCCGGCGCCUCGCGGCGUCGCGCGAUCUGGCGCCAGCGGUGGGAGGACGGCGACUUCGCGCUCGUCGACAACAUGGCCCUGGCGAACCUGCCGCGCCCAGUGUAUCGAAGGUGCCUGCGGCAAGUCGGCGCCGCCCCCCUCCGCCCGGCAGCGCCCGGGUGACAAGGAGCGUCGGGCCAGGGCUUGGCCAGCCUAG